UUUACUUCCGUGUACGUCAUUAGCCUCGUGAGAGCGUUAUGUUGUUUCAAACUUCUAAGUUGUAAAAUCCUUUUAUUUGAUCGCCCCGAUAUAAACUAUCUAUAAAAUGCAAGCAAUGAGAAAUUAUUUUCGUCAGUGGUCAUCAGAUGUAAGACUCGACGGCAAAACUGUCAUAAUUACCGGAGCCAAUACUGGAAUUGGCAAAUUUACUGCAAUUGACUUGGCAAAACGAGGAGCUCGGAUCAUCAUGGCCUGCAGGGAUAUGGAGAAAUCCAAUAUAGCUCUGAAGGAAGUGGUUGAAUCUUCAGGAAACCAGAAUGUGUUUGCCAGCAGGCUUGACUUGGCAGAUACCAAAUCAAUCAGAGAAUUUGCAGAGAAGGUCAAUACUGAAGAGAAACAAGUCAACUUCCUAAUCAAUAACGCCGGGGUGAUGGUAUGUCCAUACGGGAAAACUGCAGAUGGUUUUGAAAUGCAAAUUGGGGUGAACCACAUGGGGCACUUCCUGUUGACACACCUGCUACUGGAUUUGAUAAAAAGAUCAAUUCCAGCCAGAAUCAUUAAUGUAUCAUCUAUGGCACAUCAAUGGGGGACCAUCGACCUGGAGGACAUCAACAGUGAGAAGAGUUAUGAUAAAAAUAAAGCUUACAGUCAGAGCAAGCUUGCAAACAUUCUGUUCACUCGCUCUUUGGCCAAAAGACUAGAAGGUUCUGGAGUGACGGCGUAUGCUCUUCACCCUGGGGUGGUGCAGACUGAACUUUGGAGGCAUUUAAAUAAACCUCAACAAGCAGUCAUGUGGAUGGCUAGACCGUUCACUAAAACAUCUAUUCAGGGAGCUCAGACGUCCAUCUACUGUGCCGUGGCUCCUGAGCUUGAGACAGAAAGCGGCAAAUAUUACAAAGACUGUGCGCCUGCAAACUGCUCUCGAGCUGCACUGGAUGAUGAUGUGGCCCAGCGCCUCUGGGAACUCAGCUGUAAGAUGCUCAAUAUUACAUGGGAGUGAAAACAAAUUUCUGUUUCUUAAAAGUGAUAUUGUAGUCUACCUCAAACAGCCGUACUCCCCCCAAAAAUUGAUUAACUAAUAUUUAAUACACAACUGUGUUUGUGUGCAGUGGGUGGGAAAAAAAUCUAUGAUUAUUUAAACAUGAAUUAAACGUGAAAUAAUGACAUUUUUUCAUUAUGUGCGAUUUCAAUGAAAUGUUGGCCUUGAUCGGCUUAUUUAAUUAUAAAACACUACUAAAAUAUUUGUAAUGUAGGAAGUGAAUGUCAGAUUCAGGGAUGUAAAAAUGCAGUGUAUGUAAAUAUUUAUCAUUAUUUUUGUAGCCUGAUUUUGUAAUAAAAAAGGUUUGGGGGUGAUCUAAUAAUUAAAUAUUUAUUGUAGACAAAAGUGAUAAAGUUUACAUAUUUAAUAUAUGUUAAAAUAAAUCAUGUACGUAACAAAGAAG